CUCUUUCUCGCUCUAAAACACGCCUCUUUUUCUCUUUCUAAGACGCCUGCUUUCGUCCCCUGUCUCUGCAACUGGUGCAGUGAUGGAAGCUUCGAGCUUUUUCCCCGGCGGCUACUACAGUGCCGGAGCAGACGAAUUUUCGCAGGAAAAGCGAGAGCAGAAGCCUGGAGACCAUUUCAUGGUCGAGGACUUGCUCGAUUUCCCCAAUGACGACGACAUCAUGACCGACGGGUUCUUCGACACUGUUACCGGAAAUUCUACGGAUUCUUCCACUGUCACCGUUGUUGACAGUUGUAAUUCCUCCUUAUCUGGCAACGAGCCUCAUUUCUCGGGAGACGUUGGCUGUCGGAAUUUCACCGACGCUCAAUUCUCCGGCGAGCUUUGCGUUCCGUGCGAUGAAUUGGCUGAGCUUGAAUGGCUCUCGAACUUCGUGGAAGAAUCAUUCUCAAGCGAAGACCUGCACAAAAUCCAAGUGUUAUCCGGAAUCAAAGCUCCGCUCCACACUACCGAAUCUCCUGAACCGCAAUUCCAACCCGAAACAGCCCGAAACGAACCGAUAUUACAACCUCCAAUGAACGUCCCCGGUAAAGCCAGAAGCAAGCGGCCACGCUCCGUCCCCUGUGACUGGUCCACGCGCCUCCUCGUGCUUUCCCCCGCCACCUCUUCAUCCGAGUCUGACGCCUUCAAGAAACCGCCCAAGACGACGUCGUCGAAGAAAAAAGAGAAUUCCGAUUCCGCCGGUGACGGCCGGAAGUGCCUGCAUUGCGCGGCCGAGAAGACCCCGCAGUGGCGAACCGGGCCUAUGGGUCCCAAAACGCUGUGCAAUGCAUGUGGUGUCCGAUUCAAAUCGGGUCGGUUGGUACCCGAAUACCGACCCGCCGCGAGCCCGACGUUUGUGUCCGCAAAACACUCGAACUCGCAUCGGAAGGUGCUUGAACUCAGACGUCAAAAGGAUCUUCAGAGGUCUCAUCACCAUCAAUUUCUUAGUCAAACCUCCAUUUUCAGCGCAACUAACGGUGACGAUUACUUGAUUCAUCACCACGCUGGGCCUGAUUUCAGGCAUAUGAUCUAAUCCUUGUCGGUUUAGCGCAUUUAGGGUGGAGCUUCAUGUUCAACAACUAGCUUUUGUCUUAAAAAUUCAAUCCCUAGCUUUUUCCGGACCAAAAAAAAAAAAAAAAAAAAGCCAAAAUUAGAGGAAAAGAGGAGUGAGAAGAUCACAUGUUCUCUAAUUUCCCAUUACCCAUUUCUAUUUUUGUAUUUUUCCCAACAUUUUUCAAA